AUGACCAUGGGCGGAAUUCGUGCGGCGGUGGCGGGCCUUGCCGGCCAGUGGGUGGUGGUGUGCGGGGCGAGCAAGGGCAUCGGCCGAGCCCUGGUCCUGGCUCUGGCCGCUUCUGGCGCCAACGUAGUGGCUGUGGCACGAUCGGCUCCCGCGCUGGCCGAUGUGGCAGCAGAGGCGCGGCGGGUGGCUCCUGGCCCGCCGCCCUUGGCCUCCAUCGUCACCGUGGUGGCCGAUCUGGCCGACGAGGACGCCGUGGCGCGGCUGAUGGCAGUCGAGCUGCCGCCCAUCGUCGGUCCGGCGGGCGUGCGGAUGCUCAUUCUAAACCAUGUCGCCGGCUGGUGGCAGCACUGGCUUGCGGGCCCUGAUGGCAGCCAUGUCGCCAGACUGGCAGCCGCCCAGGGCGCGGGCGUGGACGGUGUGCGGGUCACGCCCACGCUGCGGGCCUUGUUUGCAGUCAACUUUGACUCGUACGUGGCCAUCGCGACCCACGCCAUGGGCCUGCUCCUCGCCGCGGGGGACGCGGGCUCGAGAGCGCAGCUGGUUGUUGUCUCGUCGGUUGCCGGCAAGAUCGGCCUGCCCAAGGUUCCGCCGUACGCGGCGGCCAAGCACGCGCUGCACGGCUUUUUCGAAUCGCUGCGGCACGAGCUGGACAUGACCGGCGCGCCGCUGGGCAUAACCAUGGCCAUGCUGGGUAACAUCGACACCGCAGCCAAUCGCACCAACACCGCUGGCGAGGUGGCGCAUCUACCAUAUGCUUCGCCCCACGACGCCGCUGCUGCCAUCAUUGCCGCCGCCGCAUCCGGGACCGAGUCGGUCACCUUUCCCUGGGCCCAGAUCCAGCCAGUCAUUUGGCUCGACAUGCUCAUCCCACGCCUCGCCCGGACCAUCAUCCAGCGCGCGACUUAUGGUCCGGGCUCGUUUGUCCCCUCACCGACCUCCAUCGCCCUGCCGUCGCCCGACGUCAUGCUCGGCGCAGAUCGGCCCAAACCAGACCACCCUCAGACCGUUCUGACGUGA